AUGUCUUUGAGCGCCAGCGCAGAGAAUUUGACGUCCGACGGACAAAAUAGCGAGAGAUGGAAUAUGUGCCUGGAAUUAGCACUGGAGGGUGAACGCCUGUGCAAAGCCGGCGACUGCAAGACCGGCGUAGCGUUCUUUCAAGCUGCGAUCCAGGCUGGCACGGACGAUCUGCGGACGUUAAGCGCAAUUUACAGCCAAUUGGGCAAUGCGUACUUUUACCUAGGUGACUAUGUCAAGGCGAUGCAAUAUCACAAGUUAGAUCUGACACUUGCCAGAAACAUGGGUGACAAGUUAGGUGAAGCUAAGUCCAGCGGAAAUUUGGGCAACACAUUGAAAGUUAUGGGCAAAUUUGACGAAGCUAUGAUAUGCUGCAAGAGGCAUCUGGAGAUCUCCAGAGAGAUCGGGGAUAAGCUUAGCGAAGGAAGAGCCCUUUACAAUCUGGGGAAUGUCUAUCAUGCCAAGGGUAAGCAAGCCAGUAGGAUAGGUCAUCAGGAUCCUGGAGAAUUCCCCGAGGAUGUUCGACAGUGUUUGAUGCAGGCUGUGCGCUAUUAUGAAGACAAUUUAGAGCUGAUGAGAGAACUGGAAGAUUCCGCAGCGCAAGGUAGAGCGUGCGGUAACUUGGGCAAUACGUUUUACUUAUUGGGCGACUUCCAGCAGGCCAUUUAUUACCACAAUGAACGUUUAAAAAUCGCCAGAGAGUUCUGCGACAAGCCGGCCGAGAGGAGAGCCAACAGCAAUUUAGGAAACUCCCACAUAUUUCUGGGCGAGUUCGAGAUAGCCGCGCAGCAUUACAAAAGAACUUUAGUCCUCGCGCAGGAAUUGGGUGAUCGCGAAGUAGAGGCGCAGGCAUGCUACUCUUUGGGCAACACGUACACUUUGCUACGCGACUAUCCGGCGGCCAUCGAAUAUCAUCUGUGGCACUUGGGCAUAGCCCAGCAACUGAAGGACCGCGUCGGCGAAGGACGCGCCUGCUGGUCAUUGGGUAACGCGUACGCCGCGAUGGGUAAUCACGAGAAAGCGUUGCACUACGCGAAUUUGCACCUGCACAUCUCGAAGGAGUUGGAGGAUCAAAUGGGUCAAGCCACCGCGCAGAUGAACGUGGACGACCUGCAGAAGAUCCUCGGUCUAGAGAAGAGCCAACAGGAGAGCAACAAGGAGAAUCUCAACACGCAACAGAAAGUAGCCGCGAACGCAACGUCGAACAUCUCGACAGCCACACCCUACAGAUACAGACUCAGGCGACAAAGUAUGGACAACUUGGAUCUCAUCAAGCUUACACCCGACAUCAAACAAAAGGAACAAUCGGAAGACCUAUUGCACAAAAGCGACAGUAUCGAGUCGCAACCGUCUCAGAAGGAAGAAGACAAUUUCUUCGAUCUCCUGUCUCGGUUUCAAUCGGGCAGAAUGGACGACCAACGUUGUGCGCUCAAUACGAAGCACAACCCAAAAUACCGGACAAUCACACCAGAUGCGUCCGACAUGGAGGAUAAAGAUGGAGAAGACUUGCUGGAAUUAAUCGCCGGGAUGCAAAGCAAGCGGAUGGACGAGCAACGAGUGACAUUACCCUACCUGCCAGGACUGAAUACCAAUCAGGACGCGGACGAUUCUUUUAUCGAGAUGCUUCUUAAAUGUCAGAGUUCGCGUUUGGAAGAUCAACGGAGUCCCCUACCGGCCGCAUCGACGUUGCAAGAUGGCGAAGAAGAAAGAGGUCGAAGGACCAACGGAAACGCUCAAUCGGGCUCCACCGUGCCCGAGGAGGAUCUUUUCGCCCUGAUCCAAAGACUUCAAGCUGGACGCAUGGAAGAUCAAAGGGCUUCCGGUCCUGGCAAAGCGUGCUAGACUCACAGACAGUGACUUAAUGCUAAGUCAUCAUGAUACGUUCCACUCACUCACUGAAUUUUAUCGCCUUACGUACUCCCGACUUACCGAUUUCUUCAUCGAUCCGUCAUUCGUCGUUGCGCGAUGCUAUUUUCUUGAUUACUUAAUAGAAAAUCAAAGGCUGGUAAUAUCUGAACGGUUCCUGUGGCAUAAACAAUUACUAUAUUCUGGUUCCAAUUCAGACAAGCGACGACUCGAAAUACCUGAUUGCAGGAAUCAAUCAUGACGUCAGAAAACAAGAAUAUUUAAAGAGUCAAAAGAAUCAGCACAAUAUUUAUCAUGAAAAUAGUCGAGAAACUUUUGGAACGAAGAAUUUCAUUAGUCGCCUUAUUAUGAAUAUUCGAAUAUAUAAGAAAACGUCAGAGAAUAUCUUAUUUCUUAUCUUUCUCUUUCUUCUUCCUCAAUCUCAAAGUGAUGGAAAGCAUCGAACAAAAAAGUGAACUGAUUUUUGCAUUCAGGUUUUCGAUUCCGUUCAGAUACACUUAAUUAUAUAUUCACAUAGAUGUGGGCUAUAUCUACAGUGGAGAACAAUCGAUAUUCUCGUAACAUUCAGAAUAUUGAUACUCAAUAUUCCAAAGUUGUUCGAUCACUAGAAGUCAGUCAUUAAAGCACUAAGAUGCUAUACCGUAUAGAUUCUUUAAUAAUAAAUCACUUUAGUAACGCAGGACCGUUGUUACCGUCGGGAUGGAUCGAAGUCCUUAGAAAGCCGGUGGUUCAGUGAAUAAAACCUUCCGGAAUCCUCCAAGUUUUGUAGAAGUACAUGUAUUUAAUGGGAGCGAUUACACGCUUAUAACGAGACACUUUCAUCCGCGCCUCGCUCGUCUACCAGCACGGGCAGAUUAUAAAAUAAUAUUAAACACUAGUGACUCUUACGUCUAAGAGAAUAGUGACGUAUGCGGAAAGUGUGCUAACGAGUGAGAGUAUCUUACCGUAGAUUUGAGCGAGCAAUCGGAAAUCGUGCGAUGCUCACGUGUGCGAGCAAAGUCCAAGUCCCCGCGCGAAUUCUUUGUAGCGCGGUGCAUUAACUCGCAGUCUGAUUACCGAUCGCUCAUUCCGAUCCGCUGAGUGACUUAUUAUUCAAGAAUACAUACGGCGAAAAUUAAUGUAGCAUUUUAGGGCUAGAGCACGCAGUCGUACGAAAGCAUUGCGGAACAGUACGAUAAUGAGCAACAUUUUAGUUGUCCGUCUAGUAAUAAUAACUGCCGUUAUAGGUCUUUGGCUAUUCGGUCAAAUGAACUACCACCACUGAGUGAUUGGUAGAUACGGGCUACGUUCGAUAAAAUUAGUUGUUUGUCAAACGUAAAUAAAUCGCGACUGUUGAGUGAAUAGUGCAAACUUUUGCAGACUGACGACUUCGUGAUUCAUGUGACAAGCCAGUAGUUGUAGCACCGGGGUUAGUAUUAUAUUGAGAACUUCAUGAUAUCGGUUUUGUGCAGAGCUACAAUUGCGCAUGCAAAAACACGUUUCACAAACACUGCCAGUUCGAGGAUAUGAAUUCUUUUCAGACAGUUUGGUCGCAGUAAACGUCGGAGGCCCCUUAAUAUUUACUUCCGCGUUCUCUCACAAGAGCGUAUUCUCAUUAUUUUAUACAUAUAUACAUAUAUAUAUAUUUUUGGUGCAUACUUCGAUUUACUUCUCCACAAGGAAAAGUGGGAUUAUUUUUUUAAAGAAUAUUACGUGUAGAUAUUAUACAAUGGAUGAGAGAGAGAGAGAGAGAGAGAGAGAGAGAGAGAGAGAGAGAGAGAGAGAGAGAGAGAGAAGGGGAGAGGAAGUAUCCGUGAAACUCGUAACGAAUAUCAGUGCCAAAGAUUCUCGAUAUGCUAAAAAAAAAAGGACACUGUAAAAGAGCAAAAACAGAAAGAUGCCUAUUGAAAGAAUCUCUAUUCGUCGUUGUGAUUAAUAUUGUUUCUGUAAAACUUUAUUCUUAUCAUAACGAAACAAUCGACGAAGAUUAUGAUGGUUAUGCUGUUUGAAGUUGGCAAAAUCUUGUAAAACUCAUCGCAUUCAUCAUUUUCACAAGGCAGAAUAUUAUUGAAACAAUUUUCUCUGUAAAGUAUUUCCUUAUUCUAUCCUAGCUAAUUAUGGAAGAGAUUCCCGAGAAAUGUUAUUUUUUCUGUAAUUUGACGGUUUUUAUCUAUUAAAAUACUAACAGACGACUCGCUUACGGACCUAAAUCAGGCUGACCAGCCGAUCAAAUGUACAAACAUGAAGGAUGUAGCUAUCUGUUUUAACGGUCAAACGUUUAUAUUAAUUAAGUAUUCCUGUCACAACAUUGAGAUGUUGACUUAGCGACGAACCGAAUUGCAACGACGUUGUUAUUUACGCUAAAAAGAAAAGUACUAUCUCUAAUGUACAUGAGGAAUAAGUUGAUAAUUGGUUCAACAAGAGUGCAAGAAUAGAAAUAUACUAAUUACCAAAUAGAUUGCUGAAUAUCUUUUGCUAUAUAUUGUUAUGACAUUAUGAUUACGAUCAACUGUAUAUACAUAAGUAGCCUUGAUUUCUUCGAAGAGCCAGGAAUAUCGCUGAGACGAGAUUAAAUAACAAAUCAAUUAUGCUGAUCGUAGACUUUUCGUAGGAAAUUUACCAUUAUAUAUUUUCUAGGAUAUUUUAGAUUAUACAAUUAUUUUUUUUAGCUUAUACCUUUUGUGAGAAGCUCUCGUUACGGUAGACAUAGGUAUUAACAGCAUAGAUUCUCCACACUAAUCAAAUUGUUAUUCUUAUUUUGCAAUUCUGUACGAAAAUAUAAAUACAUUCCACAUUC